AUGUCAACUCCUGCCAGACGACGUCUAAUGAGAGAUUUCAAGCGUUUACAAGAGGACCCACCCACCGGUGUUUCCGGUGCUCCUACUGACAACAACAUCAUGAUCUGGAAUGCUGUGAUAUUUGGACCCCAUGAUACUCCAUUUGAAGAUGGGACAUUUAAACUUACCAUAGAAUUUACAGAGGAAUAUCCUAACAAACCCCCUACAGUACGGUUUGUCUCUAAAAUGUUCCAUCCAAAUGUUUAUGCUGAUGGAGGCAUUUGUUUAGACAUUUUGCAAAAUAGAUGGAGUCCCACAUAUGAUGUUUCAGCCAUCUUAACCUCAAUACAGUCAUUGUUAAGUGAUCCUAACCCAAACUCACCAGCAAACUCAAUGGCAGCCCAGUUAUACAAGGAAAAUCGUCGAGAGUAUGAGAAACGGGUUAAAGCAUGUGUAGAACAAUCAUUUAUUGAUUAG